UCUGUUCUAUUAUCCUGUAUUUACUUAAUAUUUAAGAGCCACGGCUCAUAAAUAUUCAUACUUCAGUGAUAUAGAGUGAUGCAUAGAUAAUACACUGAAAGAGAGUGAUGUACAUCAUCGCGGACUGUCACAAAUUACUGAAAACCUUAACGAGAUAGAUAUUUUAAUGUAAAUAAAGAAAAUAAUAAAACAGAAUUCUCAAGCUACUAAACGGACGUAUAAACAAUAUGUCUCUUAAAAGGCAUUACUGUCAGCUAGGAUUCGCCUCCGAGAGCAUGCUACCGAAAGCAGAAGGCCGGUGGGAUAGCUUUUGUCGUGGCUUACGUAAGAUAUGCCAAGUGACAGACCUCCACCCUGAAACGAAGGAGCACUUCCGGAGCUACCCUGCUCUGGUCAAUGAACGAAAAAUAAACUUGAUGCGAGGAUGCAAUCUAAUACAUCCGAUGAGUGUAGCCAGCUUGAUCUGGAACUCAAUUAUGGUUGUAGUAAAUCUAUCGCACAUGUUUGUUUCAACUUUAAGAAUAGCCUACGUCAUCGAUCCAGUACAUUUCAGCAGGCACCACUACGUCGAUGAGGCUCUAAUCGUUCUGGAUAUGAUGUGCUGGCUUGAUGUUAUUGUUAAAUUCAAUACAGGUUUCAAGGACAAGUACACUUCAAACAUAGUGAUGGAAAGAAAACGAGUUGCUGGCCGUUAUCUUCGCCGUUGGCUCCUACCAGAUUUGAUUUCGAGUAUGCCAAUUGCGUAUAUAAUUUUAAGUCUUCCAGUGAAGAGAACCCGUUGUCUACUGAUUGCUCAUUUUUUACCAUUACUAAGAACGCCGAGAGUGUACACUGCCCUUAUGGAUAUCCAGAUUUUUAUGAAAUUGUUCACGAGCUCGUACAUCUGGCACGGAGCAGUGCAGCUCACUGUCCUGUUCAUGAUGACGACUCAUUGGUGCGGUUGCCUUGUCUACCUUCCGACGAUCCUGUUCUAUUAUUGGUUUGGUCAUAUGUCAUCAAAUUACAAUCGGUUUCUGAAAGAAUCUGAAAGGGACCUUUUGCAGUUGGACUUCAUAACGCGAUAUCAGCUCGGAACAUUCAUAACAUUGUCAACGUUUUUUGGCACCGGAUUUACUUUAUUCCUCGCAUCGGAGCCGGAAGAGUUGAUUGUGCAUGCAUUUAUUAUUCUCUUCUCUACCGUUUUCAUGGUGUAUAUUUUAGUAUUUCUCUUGAAGGUAUACAUGACGCUCUUUAGUUCAACGAUUCGUUACAAUGAAUUGAUGAAUCAAGUUAAAGAGUACAUGAGACACAAGCAGUUUCCGGUGCCUUUACAAAAACGCGUGAAAACUUUUUACAGUCAGCUCUAUCAGAAGCGAUAUUAUAAAGAAGAGAGCGUUCUUGAAUGUCUUUCGGAGGAACUUCGCAAUGAAAUAACGCUACACACAUGCCGCGUUCUAGUGGAUAAGGUUACUUUAUUCAAGGAUGUGCCGGCAUCAGCAGUGGGCUCAGUACUAGGCUGCUUGAAGCCUGAAGUGUACCUCCCUAAUGACCCUGUGCUCAGGGCUGGUGACGACGGAAAUUGCAUGUACUUUAUUGAUUACGGCACUGUGGCAAUUUAUUCCCUUAAAGGCGUCGAAGUGUGCCAUCUAGAAGACGGUGCCCAUUUUGGUGAGGUUGCUCUGCUGAUGAGGGACAGCAAGCGUUUGGUUACCGUUGUUGCUGUGGAGAUCACGCAACUGUACCGUCUAGAUGAUAUUGAUUUUAGACAAUAUGUGUUUACGAACCAAAUUCUGUUCGAGAGAAUCCAAACCUUGGCUUCGCAGCGGAUGCAUGAAGCAGUACUCGUGGACCGUCAAUUCCAGAGAGACCGAGAAAAAUUCAACGAGAAACCGAUCGAGUUCUCGGAAACAUCAAUUUAAAAGGCUUUUAAAAUGUACCGUAAACUGAUUUAAUAAAAGAUAAUUUAAAAACUUCAAAA